UGUAAUAAUUAUUCUUCCUUUGCAUUUUUCAUAUUGAAUUUACUAUGAUCAUUUCAUGAGCAAUGUGCAUUGAAUACACGCACUUCACUUUCAUUUGUAUAGAUUGAAUAUAUAUUAAUUGAGUGAAGUUUCCAGUUAAUACUAUUAUUGAGUCAACAAACAAAGGAUUUUCAAAGGUUGGGGCCCAAAUUGCAUCAUAAGAAAGAUACAUGUACCGGUACUUAUAAACUAAUAUACAAACACACAAUAAAGCACAGAAAAAUUCAUUAUUUUUGGAUACGCACUUCCGCCCACACCCAGGAUUGAACUCAUGACCUGGGAACCAAAUCUUCUAGCAGCAUGUGAUCAAUGUGCUAGAUCGCUCGACCAUCGUAAAAAUUGCUUUCAAGGGUGAUGAAAUUCUCGCCAUGUUGUCACACGCUACAGCUACAUGGUCAUUGAGAAUAGAAAUGGGAUACAGUAUAUAUUUGACAUAUACAAUACAAGAAAAAUGCCCGAGACAUUCCAAAUGAAUUGUUAGCUCACCUGAGCUGAAAGCUCAAGUGAGCUUUUUUGUUCGCCUGUUGUCCGUCAUCUGUCCAUCUGUCUGUAAACUUUUUACAUUUUCGACUUCUUCUCCAGAACCAUUGGGCCAAUUUCAACCAAACUUGGCCAAAAGCAUCCUUGGGUGAAGGGCGUUCAAGUUUGUUCAAAUGAAGGUCCAUGCCCCCUUCAAAGGGGAGAUAAUCACAAAAUGCAAAAAUAGGGUGGGGUCAUUUAAAAAUUUUCUUCUCAAGAACCAUUGGGCUACAAAAGCUGAAAUUUUCAUGAAAGCUUCCUGGCAUUGUGCAGAUUCAAGUUUCUUAAAAUCAUGGCCCUCUGGGUUAUGGUGGGGCUACAAUAGGGGACCAAAGUUUUACAUACAAAUAUAUAGGGAAAAUCUUUAAAAAAAAACUACUGGGCCAGGAAAGUUGAAAUUUACAUGAAAGCUUCCUGACAUAGUGCAGAUUCAAGUUUAUUAAAAUCAUGGGCCCUGGGGGUAAGAUGAUGCGACAAUAGGGGAUCAAAGUUUUACAUACAAAUAUGUAGGGAAAAUCAUUAAAAAUCUUCUUCUGAAAAAUCAUUGGACCAGAAAAGUUUACAUUCACAUGAAAGCUUCCUGACAUGGUCCAGAUUCAAUUUUGAAAAAAAUCAUGGCCCCUGGGAGUAAGUUGGGGCAACAAUAGGGAUUAAAGUUUUACAUGUGAAUAUAGAGAAAAAAUCUUCAAAUAUGAGCCAAGGUGACUCAGGUGAGCGUAAUGGGCCAUGGGCCUCUUGUUUAUCUUGCAUUCACCAGUCAUUUUGCAUAUAUAUUUGCAUUCCAUUCAUGCUCUGCGUUCAUAUACCAUUCACCCUGCUCUCGCUCAUCAUUCACUUGUUCACUCACUGUUAGAGUGGGAAAGGAGAACAUUUUAGAGACUAUCCCUUUUCUAGUGGGGCUUAGUUCACUUAUGUGUGAAGCAUUCUCUGGGUCAGCAGGGUUUUACACUUUGAUGUGGCUGUUGUGUAUUCCUGGUACCCAAACCUUUAUUUCCAUGGCAAAAUUUUCAUUUUAUCAUGGAAGGGGGAGAAUAUGAAUUUCUGAAGAAUGAAAUUACAAGAACUUCUACUUAUAUUUGGCAACAAUUUUGAUUUUUUUUUUUUAAUAGUUUUUGAUUUUAUAGUAUUAUGAACAUAUGCAAUGCUUCUAAGUAAUGUAUCAUUUUUGUGACAUAUCAGGUACAAUACGCUUGUAUUCUAUCUUGUUUCUAUUGUAAAAAAAAAAAAACUUGGGCCAUAUUACCAGAUCUGUUUUAGAGUUAGUAUAUUUUGAUAGUUCUUGGAUGUGAUGAGUAAAAAUGUGAAGUCCAUUCUUAUGUAUUACAGAAGGUUGUAGAUAUAUGGACAUUACUAAGUUGUUGUAACAAUUUAAAGAAGGGUAGAGAAGUCUUAUAUCAAUCAGAUCGAACCCGAGACCCUUGCAUUACUUACCACUCAGCUAACCAGGCUCAUAUACAAAGUACAUUAAUAUUACAACAAUAUACAAUUUAAACCAAUUCCGGAAAUCAUACAAGAACUCUUCAUAUCAUCCAAGGAGAUGAAAAAAAUAGACUUAGGAAAAAAUAUGGCGAAACGUUGUGUAUGAAGUUAAUAAUGAAUGUUUACAUUGGAAUGUGUUUAUAGGACAACAACGCAGAAUGGGAGUGCAUACAGAUUUUCAUAAUGUUCCUGUGUGUGUUGAUCAAUUAGUCGGCACUCCUAUUCCAUGUUUGAUAUAUAGCACAACAGAUGUGAAAAAAUAAUCAUUUAAUGCUCUACAAGUACUUGUUUAAGAUUGUGCAGAUACAAUCCGAAUUUCGCUGCGAGAUCUUUAUUUUAAAAAAAACUGAAAUGAAGAAGAUAAUGCCUUAAUUAUACCCACGCAACAAAGUUGGAUGGGAUAGGAAGGUUGUGCAUAUACAGACAUUACUUUGUUAGCCAAAGUAAGGAGAAAAAUUUGAAUUAGAUUAAUCAGAGAAUGAACCCGGCUGGAACCCUUGCAUUACUAGUUAGAUGGUUUUACUACUGCAGAAUUAACCAGGUCAAUAGGAACAAUGGUGGAACAUGCAUUUUUGAAAGGCAACCAUGAUUCCUGGUACAAGUACCUCUACUGCUCCAUCGUUCUCUUUGUCUGUCUAGGUAUCUGCAUUGUUGGAGGUGCCAUGUUUGCCAAAACAUCACUUGUUAUAUUUCUGGUCGUUGUGAUAUGCCUUCUUUCUGUGUUUGUAAGUGUAUUUGCCAAAAAUUCCAUUCAAGAUGUGGAUUAUGCAGAACAGGCCAAACGUAUUCACGAGAAAAGAAAUAUUUCCCUGUACUGCUUUCAUGCUAAUGAGAGUGGCUAUGUUACACAGACCAGUGCUCCAUACACUGGACUUAAUGCAGGGACCUUCAAAGACAAUACAUUUUCACAUUAUGAGAAGGACUACAACACCAAGGACAUGAUGACCUUUGCCAGUGUGUUUGCCAUUCUGUUCAGCAGCGUUACAGGAAUACUUAAUGGUGCAAACAUGUCAGGAGAACUUAAGGAUCCUAGUAAAGCGAUACCCAAGGGAACAUUGUAUGCUGUGAUGUUUACAUUUGUAGCAUACCUCGUUGAAAUUAUUCUGGUUGCUGGUUCAUGUGAUAGGUGUCUUUUGCUGAACAACUAUAUAUUUCUACAAGAGAUCAACCUUUGGAAACCAUUUGUCCUGAUAGGGAUAUUUGCUGCUACUUUAUCUGCUGCCUUAGGCAACCUGAUAGGGGCCUCCAGAAUUCUCCAGGCCCUGGCAAAUGACCAUUUGUUCUGGUUUGUUUUAAAUCCUGCUACAAUCACCACACAGUCAGGAAACCCUUAUGUUGCCGUGCUAAUCUCAUGGUUUCUUGCACAAUUAGUGCUGCUGGUGGGCUCACUGAAUGCCAUCGCUCCUGCCGCAUCGGUCUUCUUCCUUAUGUCCUAUGCCUCUGUGAAUUUGGCAUGUCUGGCUCUGGAACUUGCUUCUGCCCCAAACUUCAGACCAACCUUUAAAUAUUUCACUUGGUACACUUGUGUCCUGGGAAUGGUAGGCUGUUUCGUGAUGUGUUUCCUCAUUAGUUCUGUUUAUACCUCAGCGGCCAUUAUCGUGAUGCUGUUACUUGCAAUCGUUCUUCAUUUCCGUUCACUCCCAACACAAUGGGGCUCCAUUAGUCAAGCUCUUAUCUUCCAUCAGGUGAGGAAGUACCUGUUGAUGUUGGACCAAAGGAAAGCCCAUGUCAAAUAUUGGCGCCCUCAGAUUUUGCUUAUGGUUGCUAAUCCACGUCAGUGUUCAGAACUCAUUCACUUCAUCAAUGACAUCAAGAAAGGUGGUUUGUAUGUGAUUGGCCAUGUUAAGCUUGGAUCCCUAGACUCUUACUCUAAUGACCCAGUUCUGGAGGAAAAUCCCAAAUGGCUCGGGCUGAUAGACUAUCUCAAAGUGAAAGCAUUUGUAGAAGUGACGUUGGCAAAUACUAUUUCAGAAGGUCUGCAGCACUUGCUGAGGUUGUCAGGAAUGGGAGGCAUGAAGCCCAAUACUGUUUGUUUUGGGUUUCUUGAUGAUUCAGAGCCUAAAGAUACCCUGAGUGUUGGAAAUGCAGUGAGAAGGAGACGCAUUUUUACCCUGUUAGAAAGUGGAAAAAAGGAAAGUAUUGACAACCUGUUCAUGAAUAUCAGAAGGGAGGGAGAUCCCAGAUAUUUGAGUUCUUUGGAGUAUGUUAAACUUGUUUCUGACUCAUUGAAAAUGCAGAAAAAUGUUUGCCUCUGCAGACAUUUUGACAAGUUAAGCAAGCAGUCCAUCGUGAAUUCCAAAAAGACACUUUUUAUAGAUGUUUGGCCAGUGAAUCUCUUCCGCCCGGACACUGCCAAUUACUUUGACAAUACCUGCCUGUUUAUGUUACAACUGGCAUGUAUUCUGACCAUGGUCCCAGGCUGGAAGUCAAAAACAAGACUAAGAGUGUUCUUGUGUUUGAAUGCACAGACGGAUGACACUCUUCAAAAGCAGCGUAAACUGGACGCCUUUCUUCAGCAGCUUCGGAUUAAAGCAUCUGUGAAAAUUGUCACAUGGGACCACUUGGUACAACACUUACCAGUCAUGUCUGGUAAUGGCAACGAUAGACUCGUCUUGAUGGAGAAAUUCCACCCAGUGCCAAUAGAAUUCAUCAGUGCUAUAAACCAGAUGAUAGUGACGUACUCCAGCACCACUGCAGUCACUUUUCUCUACCUCCCUAUCCCCCCAGCUGACAGGGAGGGGGAGGAGACCUAUUUAAACAGUCUGACCAAGCUGUCGGAUAACCUGCCUCCCACGGUCUUUGUGCACGGGCUGCACCCUGUCACUUCUACCACAUUAUGAUGUAGUGAUGUGGUCAUAAAACAAUGCAUACAAAUAAUUUAUUUUGUCUGUGCUUACGUAGAUUGAAAUUCUGAAAGCUGGAUAAACAAUGAGUACAUAAGGUCAUGAUACAAAUAAUAGAGCUUCUGCAAACAAAGUACUUACAGUUGUAUUCCAAAGGAUGAAAUGCAAGUUUUAUCCAGGUUCUCUGAAAUUCAGUAAUUCUUGACAUUAAUGUGAUUUCUUAACUUUGACGCAUAUAUCUUAGUUUGGAUUACUUUUUUUUUUUUAAAUCCAUGAAUAAGAAGUAUGUUAUGAAAUGUGUUCUAAAAGCAAUAUUUGAUUGCAGUUUUGCACCUCUUUCAGUGGUAAAGUAACUCAUUUGGUGUAGUUCAGAAAACUUAAUUAUAGUUUGAAUCCUGUGUGGGACUAUUGUUUCUUUACUUAAUUUUCUUUUACAUUUUACAUAUUUUCUUUGCAAUAUAUGCUGUAUAUUGAUGCUGCAAUUUGAAAAAACAACAGAGAAAAAUGGUUUAUUGUUUAUAAUAAUCAGACAUUCCAAAUAGAAUACAAUUUCAAUUAAGGAAACUGAUAGCUGAGCAAUGGAUAGCCAUAAAAAAAUUCUUUGUAUAUGAUGUCAUGAUUUGUUUAUCAAGUUAAAAAUUUAUUUCAUUGCAUGGAAAAUUCGAUUUUUAUGUAUUUGCUACUUAUUUUGUAUUUUAACUAGUCAAAAAAGAUUUUAAUGAAAAAUAGGAUCUAGUGUACAUGCAAUGGAUUUCAGACUGAUUUUUCUGUGGUCAACCCAUUAUUUCAUAAUGACUUUUUCCUGUACUUUUCAGCUUUAACUGAAUUAUUCAAGGAAUAAAUAUAUAUAGCUUGGUUGUAGUAUGGGGGUAUAUAAACAAAUGAAGCAUAGUGUAAUUCAUCUGCAAAGUCAAUUACAUCCUCCAUCAUACAGUACAAACUACCUAGACAUUUUUUUCUUUAUAUUUUGUAGUCAGUAGGUUCUUGGGUCGGAUGAAUGCUUUUAUGAGAGGUAAAAUACAUUUGAUACACCAUAGAUUUAUUAUAUUGGGAAAUGAAAUGUAAAUAAAAAAAUUUGUUCGUAUUGAAUAUUCAAAUUUGUUAGAAUUAACUAAGCCCAAUACCUAUUUUUGAAUUGUUAGAAUUAACUAAGCCCAAUACCUAUCUUUGAUUUGUUAUUUGAGGAAAGAGGACUGCAUCAACAUACUCUUUUAAAAAAACCUUGGAGGUUAAGUAGGUUCAUUUUAUUUGUUUGACAGUGAAAAAAUGCUUGAUUUCUUCAAACUUUAUAGAUGACACAUAACAUAAUAGCCCAUAUUUGAUGUUUUUCUUAAAAUCAAACCCAAGACCGUGUUUGACAAUGGAAUAAUGAUGAAACAUCAUUAAAAGUAUUCAUAUGUAGAGUUCUGAAGAUCGGUAUGCAGUUUUCAAUCACUAAAUCCUGACCUCAAAACAGAAAUGAGAAAGAAAAAGUUAGAAAUGAUGGUUUGGUCCAUGAUUCAUGUAGUUUGGAAAUAUGGUUGUUGAUGACAUGUAGCAAUCUAGUAGUUCAUGAGUGGAAAUUGUUUUGAUUCUCACGUAUACCGCAAUGAAAUGCACAAAGACUGAUCUUUUGAAGUUUUUGUUGUUUGUAUUUUGUUGUUUUGGAUUUUUAUUCAAAACAUUUGUUAGAAGCAAUCAUGGCAAUGACUGUGAUAUUCUGAUGUGCUUGAAAAACACAUGUGGAACUUAAUUGAAAAAAUUUGGCAAUAUAAACAGACAUGCAUACCUCAAUAUCAUCAAAGCGCACACAUUGUUUCUUUGUCAAUUUUUAUGUAUUUUAUAGGAUGUAAUUUUGAGCUCACCUAGAUGAAUGUAGUGAGAACUUAUCGACUUCGCAAGUUUAACUUUCCCAUUCACUACAAGCCCCACUUGCUUCAAACCUGCAUUCCUAGCUGAUGGACCUUGGGGUGCAUUUUGCCAGCGCUACUGACAGGGUGAGACGACUGUAAGCCUGGACCAAGCUGACUUGGCUAAUGGUCUGGGAUACUGUACAUGACCUAAUUUCCAAAUCAGUGAUGUGUUUUUGGUGCAGACCCAUUCACAAGGAAUUAGACGCUAUAUAAGGAAUAGUUUGAUUUACUUUUAAAAUUUUUAAUGUAAUAUUUUUAGUAUGGUUAUGUAUAUGCCACAUCGACAAGACAGAUAAUGCCGAAUACUACCAGAUCCAGAAUAACGUGUAUGUAGCAAACUCGUGGUAAUGUAGACAGAAAGGAAGGUUCAGAUGGAAGAUUUUUCAGGAAGUUUAAGAUGCAAUAAGAAUAUUUUAAAUUAACCCAACAUUGACCGAAUGUGCAGGAAUCUGACCUGUAGUUUUCACACUCUCAAUAGGGAUGUUGAAGAUUAUUAAACUUUGCACAUUCAUAGAGGUGAGCUAACAUAAUGUAGUCUGUUGGUGCUAUAAUACUCGGUAUACACAGUCCUGAGUUUUCUGUCUUUUCAAUAUACAAAGUAGGCCUAUGUGCAAUUGACAAAUUGAAAUGUCAUUUCUUUAUUAGAUAUGUUUGUAUACAUGUAUAUCGGUUAUUAAAAGAAAUAAUUAUUUGAAA